CAGGUAAGAAACCUUAAAGCUAAUGAAUUGGAGAACGAAUAUACGAGAGUGCGAGCAAAGAAAAAGAAGAAGAAGACAAAAACUGUUUGUCCCCGCCACGUCUCCAUCUUUACCCCUGCAAGAUGCGCUCUCGGGACGCUUUCCUGAGGAUCAUCGAUUCUUCAUCUUCACUUAAUGGACGAGGGAUGAAGACACGCGCCUAUUCUGUGUGAUUCACUCUCCUGCUGCAGCAAUGAGUAACCUGUUCCAGAAUGACACUCUAUUGAACUUGGAUGUGCUGGACGGAAGGAACUCGUCUUCUACACCAUCCUGGGAGUUGGAGCCGGUGCCUAUCAUCAUCAACCCAUGGGACGUGCUGCUGUGCGUGACAGGCACGCUCAUGUCCUGUGAAAAUGCAGUGGUGAUUGCUCUGAUCAUCUACACGCCCAACUUAAGAGCGCCCAUGUUCGUCCUCAUUGGAAGUCUGGCGUUCGCCGACCUUUUGGCCGGAGUGGGCCUGAUCCUUAAUUUCAUAGUAAUUUACAUUAUAGAUUCAGGUUUUGUUUUGUUACUAUCUGCAGGACUUCUCAUUACUGCGUUCUCUGCCUCAGUGCUGAACAUACUGGCAAUCACUGUGGACCGUUACUUGUCACUGUACAAUGCAUUGACAUACCACACAGAGCGCACAGUGAUUUUCACUUACAUCACCCUGAUACUGUUGUGGAUCACCAGCGUCACACUUGGCUCAUUGCCAGUCCUGGGCUGGAACUGCUUGGAGGAUGAGACCACAUGCAGCAUCUGUCACCCGGUGAACAAGAAUAAUGCCGCGGCACUCGCCGUGACCUUGCUCCUUAUAUUUGCUCUCAUUUUGCAGCUGUACCUUCAGAUUUGUAAGAUCGCUUUCCGUCAUGCCCAGCAGAUCGCAGUUCAGCGGCAGUUCAUGACUACCUCACACUCGUCUUCCACCUCUAAAGGGGUAUCAACUCUCACAACAAUCCUAGGCACCUUUGCGCUGUGCUGGAUCCCCCUCGCCAUGUACUCAUUGGUGGCCGACACUCGAUUCCCUGCUAUCUACACCUAUGCCACGGCUCUUCCAGCCAUCUGUCACUCCAUCAUAAACCCUAUGAUAUAUGCCUUCAGGAACCCUGAUAUUCUCAGAUCUUUGAGGAUUGCUUGUUGUGGGUGCAUGCCUUACAGGUUCACCAUGCGACCCAGGACACCCAGUGAUGUGUAGCACAUCCAAAUUGAAACACAGUUGUGGUAGUGGCCUGUCUGUCACUCCUAAAAGCACAUAUUGUGUACAGUCCACAUAUUGUAAUCCAGUCGAGUGAGGGAACACUUUAUUGAGGAGAUUUGGUAACACUUUACAUAAUAGUGGCCAUGUUAUGCAUGUUACAGGUUACUGUAAUUAAUUACUACAUUAAUUACAAUAAUAUUGUGUCACUGCAAACAUUUGGUAAAAUCAAAAGUAAAUUACUGGCAACAAAUAGCCAACAAGUUGUUUUCAUCAAAAUUCAUCAUUAAAAGGUACAACCACAAAAAACCCACAGUGCAAAAUACUGCAAACAGUUUCUACAGUAAGACACCAUUAAAAAAAUACAGCAAUAAUACUGUUAAAAACACUUACAAGCAGCUCCAAAAAAAUGAACAAAUAGUUCAACAAAAAACAGUCGAUACACUGAAAAUAUCUGAAAAGGACUGUUUAUUCUCAAAUCAGACAAUGCUAAAGAAGGUUGCUCAGGUUUGGAAUGAAACGAUGGUGAUUAAAUAAUGACAGAAUUUAAUUUUUUGGGUGAACUAAUUCUUGUUCAUUAGUUCACAGUUACAUGAUCAAUGUAAUGUAAAGUGUGACCUGUGAUUUCGGUAGUGAUGUUUGGUUGCAUAGAUUAUGUAUGUAGUGCAAGUGGAUGUUCUCUAUGCAUUUAGAUGAUGUUUCAGUCUUGGAUUCAAACACAAAUAAUUGAUUAUGGAACUAUGUUGUGAUGUCCAAAUACUAUUUAAUGUUGUCAUUAUUAUCAAAAGGGGAUAUUUAAAAAACGAGAUGUAGCAUACAUAUUACUUUGUUGCCUGUAAGCAUUGCGGUAUGCCAGCACUUUUUCAUUUUCUCGCCUUUGUACUUGAGCGUGUUGUUGAUUUACAUUUGGCAGUAAGUUAAGAAAAUAUACAUAUCUACAGCUUGAGGAUUUCGUUCCGAAAUGUGUCCAUCAACUAACCUAAAAUUUUCAUCAUCACAUCUCCAAAGGAAUGUCUUGAGGUACAUUUCGGAACCACAGACAAUGUGGACUAUGGACCAACUAACUGGUGCAUCUUUCUCGCUUCAAUAAGGUCAAAAUGAACAACUCUUGAGUUAAAACUACAGCCAAAAACUGCCAUACAAAUAUUCCCAAUGGCGUAUUUAAAAAACCCAUGAAAUCGAAAUGAGAGUUUUGUUGCUUUUAGUUCAUGUGGGUUUGGGUUCCGAUAAAUCAUUAGUCUGCAUUAUUUUAACUUUAUAUUUGAAAACCUGUUUUUAAUAAUGGAAUCCCUGGUAAAGAACUACAUUACCCGUAAUCCUGAGGGUGGAAAUGGGAUAAGAGAAUCAAAGCCAACAAUGUGCACCAAUAGAGCUCUGCAGUGACAGCCUUUUGAAUUACAAUGUAGUCAAUCUUCCACUUAUAUAUUUGUAUUUAUCUGAAUAUUUUGCAAUAAUCUUAAAAUACAUUGCAUCUAUACUUAUAAUCAAUAACUUUAAAUCAAUAGUUUUAUAUAUUUUCAUUGUUUUAAAGUUGAUUAUGCCAUAUGUAAUGCUUCAUGGGAUUGUAGUUCUUUAGUUGUUCAUGUAGUCUUUACGUUACGUCUUGUACCUUUGCCUUUUUGUCCAAUUUUCAAAUACUUUUUUGCUUCAAUUCACCUCGGAGCUGGUUGGUUUUGGUCAUGGCUUACAACUCUUUAAUGAAGGGUUUUCUGACAUCCCUAUGGAGAAAAUAAAUGAGAAAAAUGCUUCCAGAACCAAGACAGCUGAAAACGUGGGUGGACAAUGAAAACUGCAAUCGUUUUUUUCAUGAUUUCAUGGGGGGUUUAAGGGUAUAAUAUGCUAUUCCAUUCCUGACUCUAAAUGUGCAUUGUCAGGAACCCUAUCAGUGAUGCAUUUUGGAUACACAAACACAUGUCUCUGGCAGACGUGUUCAACUUAAAUUAAUAAUGCAUCGUGUUUUAGUUCAAGUUAUGUACUGUACAUUAUUUAUAAUAUACUGAAGCCUCUGCUCUGGACCUUGAUGUUUUGACGAUGAUCUCCCAGGUGUAUUGCUUUAACGCAAGUCACUAACAUGAGACUUUAUACUGAACAGACAGAGAUAAGCAGUGAUGAUUGUUUUAGGAACUAGUACACUAUAGAUUUUCUCUUUUUGUCAUUUAUGCUGACACCAACUGAAUGACAGACCCAAAGGGCCCUAAAAUGUGUCGUGUGAAUGUGUUGUGUAGCUUACAUUAUUUGCACUGGCUGAUGUAUUGCAAGCUUCAUACAGUGUUUCAUAAUCAUUCUGUAUUUGUGAAUGAAACAGUGUUUGAGAGAAAUAUUGUACAUUUGUCUUCUCAGUUAUUCUAAGCAGCCUACUACACUUUUUUGUGUAAAUGGGCAUUGGGCAGUCUAUAAAACUCAAUAUCAUUACCUAUAAGGGUAUCAUACAUUAUAGUCCAGGGUUUGAUGGGAAAUCCAUGUGCAAUGUUUGAUAAAUCUUAGUGAUUGUUGAUAGAUGCAGCCAAAGAACACGAUGCUUAAGGGAAAUGAUUCACAACUACUGCGUUAUUCGUAAUAAUACAGCCAGUGUAAGAUGUCUUCUUUUCUGAAUGUACUGUUUGUUGCCAAGAUUCCCAUUUGAGCAGCUGUGAUUGUCUCAGACUUUGAUAACUUUGUAAGACAAAAAUCCAGUUAUGUAAUGUUGAUAUAGACGUAUAUUUUUGUACUGCUUUAGAAUGUUUCACUUGAUGUGUGUUGUUGCGUAAUGUGUUCAAGCAAUAGACUUUUGAGUAUGUCUUCACUGAUUGCGUCCAUACAGUAAAUAGCGUGCCACAAUACUCACCAAUCAUUGUCUGGUAUUUACACCAGAAAUAUGACUAUGUUUAAAAUGGAAUACUAGCAUACUGCAGUUUAAACUCUGUGCAACCUACCUAAACAUUAUGUAUCGUUUGACGUUUUAAACAGUACAUUUAUACAUUUGGCAGAUGCUUCUAAAUGGUAUGUUUGUUUCUGUGCACACAUUCUGUGGCAAUCUAAUCCACAACCUUGUGGUUACUAAGUGCCGUUUCAAUCUAAAUUUGUGCAAAAACUAGGUGUGUCAAUUUAAUGUGUAUUAAAAUGUAUUGGGGAAGAUUUUUUUUUAUAUUGCUAGUCCCAUUCAGAAGGGGGGCAGUAAGCGCAACUCUAGCUGUAAAGACAACAUUAAAAAGUGACGUUUAUGGCUAGAGAUGCUAAAAAAUAAUGAAACGCAAGGGCAAGCACAGUGAAACCCUAAGUUCGGCCCUAAAAAUGUCAUGAUAUGGAAAACAUGGACAGAAUCCAGUCAUAAAAAUGGAAUUAACUAUAAAAUGCUGAAUGUCAAUUCAUGAAUGUUCAAUUAAUCAAAUUAAAACUGUGAUUUGUCCUAGUUUGAUGAUUAAACCACAAAAGGCUGAGGUUUACUAAAAUAAAUAAAUGGUCUACACUGUAAACGCAUCAUCAUGAUGACACAGAACAGAGCGCUCAUUCACCUGGAAAUGUGCAGCACAUGCAGACUAAA